AUGACAACGUCUGAGCACACUGCUGCCCUGCUUCGGUAUCUCUCAGAUGACCUCACAGGCGACACUGUUCCCGAGGAAGUAUGGCGCCGGAUUGAGGACCUGUUCCUCGACUGGCUUGCUUCAGCACUCGCCGCCGCCGAGACUCACCCGAUCCCGACCUUUGGAAACAUAGCGAGGCAGAUGGGACCGAGUGAUGGCUCGGCACAGAUCCUCGCCAGCGACACCAGGUCGAGCCCUUACUGGGCUGCCUGGGUGAAUGCAGCCUCGAGUCAUACCCUAGAGCAGGAUGACCUGCACAAUAGCAGCGUGAUGCAUCCCGCGACUGUCAUCUUCCCGGCCGUCCUAGCAGCUGCUCAAGACAAUAAUCUGUCCGGUUCCGACCUCCUCUUGGCCAGUAUCGCCGGCUACGAGGCUGGAAUCCGCAUCGCCGAGUCCCUGGGCCGGUCCCAUUAUCGCAUCUUCCACACCACAGCCACCGUCGGCACAGUAGCAGCCGCACUGGCCGUCGCCAAACUCCUCGGCCUCGGCUACGACCAGGUGGUCUCUGUCCUGGGCACGGCGGGCACGCAGACCAGUGGGCUAUGGGAGUUCAUGCGCAGCGGUGCCGGGGACAGCAAACAGCUGCACUGCGCACACGCCGCCUCAAACGGCCUUCUGAGCGCGUACAUGGUGCGCGACGGGCUGAAGGGCGCGCAGGACGUCAUCGAGGGCGGCGCAGGCCUGAUGAAGGGAAUGUCGGGCCCGGACGCGGAUGGAACGAGGCUGAGUGACCGUCUGGGUGCGAGGUGGGCUGUCCUCGAGACAAGCUUCAAGUUUCAUGCCUGCUGCCGGCAUACGCAUCCUGCUGCUGAUGCACUGCUUGAUGCCAUCGCAGGGAACGGCAUUAGGGACGCUAUGGUGGAGAUAGAGAGGAUCACGGCGCAUGUGCAUCAGGGCGCAGUGGAUGUGCUCGGUCCAGUCGACGCUUCCUCCUCGCCGCCAAAGACGGUACAUGCGGCCAAAUUCAGCAUGAAGUCGACGCUUUCUCUCAUCGCGUUGAAGGGAAGCGCGAGCCUCUUGGACUUUGAGAAGUUUGCUCUUACGGAUCCAGAUGUGCUGCAGUUCAGGGAACGCAUUAGCAUGGUCUUGGAUGGUGAGGUCGAUUUGGCGUACCCGAAGCGGUGGCUCGGCAGGGUGGAGGUCAAGCUGGCCGAUGGUCGGGUUGUUUGGGGUACUUGCGACGAGCCAAAGGGUGACCCAGGCAAUACUCUCACAAGGAGCGAGCUAGAAGACAAGUUCAGGAGGCUCAACGCUCUUAGUAGCGAAGAAGGCAACAGAUCGAAGCAGUAA